UUCGAACUAACAUUCAGUUCAAGUUUGAAGAUUCUUGUAAACUAAAAUGCAUUGCGUAGGAUUUUGGCGGUAACUAAGAUUUCAUUUUUUUAUGUUAGUUGUUACUAUUUCUAUUCUAUAAGUAUUUUCUUAUUGGUUAAAUAAAAAACCGAACCGUUAAGGACCAAAAACCAAUAAACCGAAAUCGAUAAGAAAUAUCUUAUUGGUUGGUUAUUGGUUUUAUAUAUUUUAAAACCGAAAACCAAACCAAUAACAUAUAAAACCGAACCGAACCGACCGAUGCACACCCCUAGGCGAGACAUAGUCGCCUCUUGUCGUCGUGGCGAGGCAAAAUCCAAAAGGCAACGCCUUUUCGAGAAAGGCGACAAGGCGAGCCGCCGUGGGUGUCCCCUUUUUUUUUUUUUUUUUUUUAAAUUAGGGUUUUAGGGUUAAAAGUUAAUUUUAGAGCUUAUUUUCAUAUUUUGGCUAUACCAACUUACUCAUUGGCGACUGCGGCUGCUACCUACUCACAACUCACAAGUUUGACUUCAACUGCAGCGACCGGCGACGCUACUCCGGUGACUCCUCCUACUCCGGUAAGUCUUGAUUUCUAUUUUUUUCUUCUUUCUUCUUCUUCUUCUUAAUCCGUCGGCUGAACAUUGGCAUGCUGUUUUUUUUCUCUUCUUCUUCUAUUCUGUAACAGUGAUACAGUUUUACAACACACUGUCACUGAUUUACUGUAACAGACUAACAGUAAGCUGUAAGCAGCAAGCACUGAAAUAUUUCUUGACUUGAAAAUUUCCUAAUAUAUUAGCGCUAUUGAAAUUUUGAUCAUUUAUAUAUUAUUUUAAUUUUUUGUAUUAAUUGUCGCCGCACAUUCAAAAGGCGAGCGGCAAGCGGCGAGGUGGGGCCUUGUCGCCUCUUGUCGCCUUUCGCCGUCCAAAACACUGACUGACCCUCCUAACUUCUAACACUUGCUCCCCAAGCUCUUCAUCUACUAAGAUUCCUACCCCAUUCCUAUUCCUCACACUACCUACGAACCACAACUUAUAGCUGUUCACAUCUCGCGCCUUAGAACCUAUUCAUUUGGUCUCUUGAAUACAAGCCAUAUUAAUCUUCCUCUACCUCAGAAUCUUCACUAGUUCUAUGGACUUCCCUUGUAAAGUUCCUAUGUUCGGGGACCCUACUCUCAAAAAGAUUCAUAUGAACUAUUCCUUAACCAAAUAUACAAAAAUUUCCAACUUUUAGCCAAACAAGACCAGUGGGUUUAAGAAUAUGCACAUCAAUAUGUACACGCAGAUAAAAACAUUCAAUAUGAACCAUUCCUUGACCAAAAAUACAAAAAAUUCCCCUAAAAAAAUCCAACUUUUAGCGAAAUAGGACUAGUGAGUGUAUCAAUAUACACAUCUAUAUGUUCACCCAUACCAUAUAGAAACGAUCCAAUCCAAACUAUCCUUAAUAAAAAUAUACAGAAUUUUCCAACAAAAAUCCAACUUCUAGCCAAAUAGGACUAGUGGGUGUGUCCAUCAAUAUGAACACCCAAAUGAAAAAAAGAUUCAAUUUUAACCAAAUAAGGAAAGUGGGAGUGUAUUUAUACACAUCAAUAUGAACACCCAAAUGAAAAAAAUUCAAUUUUUAACUAAAUAAUGGAAGUGGGUGUGUCAAUAUGCACAUCAAUAUGGUCAACCCAUAUGAAAAAGAAGCAAUUUUUUUAACCGAAGAAGAGAAAAGGGUGUGCAUAACCAGAAGUGUAUAUCAUGAGUUUUGGAGUUUAGAGUUGGAGGGUGUGCCUGUAUCCUAGCUGGAAUUUUGAAGGUCUAUCUAAAGUGAAAAGAGGAAGAAGAGAACAAGUUCCAAAUUACAAGAAUCCAAAGGGUUUCAUAUUUUGGUCCCCCUCAAUUUACAUUUUUACCCUUUAACAUCAAGAAAAUAACUAUUCUUCACCUGGUUUUUUCCACUUGUCCCUAAAGUUUGAUGGGUAUUUAUGUAAUUUUAGUCAUAGCAUAAAUGCUAAAUGCCAUAUUUAUGUAAUUUUGUCAUAGCAUAAUUUCACUUUCUUCUCUCACUUCUUUGGUGCUGACAAGAAAUACCAAAAUGGCUAACAAAGAUGUGUCAACUUGUUAUGUUUUCAAAAGCCGACUGCAAGAAUAUGCGCAGAAAGUUGGACUUCCUACCCCUGUUUAUGAGACUACAAAGGAAGGACCCUCUCAUGAGCCUAUGUUUACGUCAACAGUCAUUGUGAACAAUGUUAGGUAUGAAUCUCUACCUGGAUUUUUCAAUCGCAAGGCGGCGGAGCAAUCAGCUGCUGAAGUUGCACUCAUGAGACUUGUAAACUCCGGGUCAAUGGAAAACCUUUCUCAGCCAGUGCACGAAACAGGCUUGUGCAAGAAUUUGCUCCAAGAGUACGCUCAAAAGAUGAAUUUUGCUAUUCCUAAAUAUGAAUGUCGGAGGUAUGACCCAGAAGGCAAAGUGAUAACAUUUUCAUGUACCGUAGAUGUAGGGGGAAUGAGAUAUGUUGGAGCAGCAGCUAGAACAAAGAAGGAAGCAGAGAUCAAAGCUGCUAGAACUGCAUUGUUGGCCAUUCAGUCUAGUAGUACGGGGCCUAAUGGCUAUUCUGCAUACACUGUCCUUCCAAUGAAGAAGGUCACAGAUUUGUCCAUCAGCAACCAGGAGAGUGCAGCAGCUCUGAAACCAAAGAAAAACAGAUUCAAGAAAAAGAAGAAGAGGAAUGUAUGCACGAGGAACACUGGUGACGUGCAAGUUCAGAUGGUCAAUCAAGGUACAGAAUCACCUGCACCUCUUGCCCCCACUAUGGGUGAUCCAGCUCCAUUCAACAUUUCGAGUUCUGUUGAGAACAGAACAGCAUUAGUGGUGAGCCAAAAUGAUCGUGGAACUUCAACUCUUGGAAUCAAUUCUCAGUUUGGUGGAGCAGGUACGGCUGAGGGAAAUGCUGUUAUUGGAGUUGAGCAGGUUACUUCAGAAGUACAUAGUUCAACGGUUGUGAUUACUUGGAGAAACAACUCUCAUGUACGAUAGAUUCAGAUCAAGGUCGAAGUAGGAACAUGGAGGCAGAAUAUCUGAACAUGUUUGUUUUGCAGGGUUAGCUAUAUGAGGUGGUUGGUACAAGAACAAUUAGAUCAUAGGUAAUACGUUGGAUGCUCAAAGUUUCCGCGAGUAGGUUUAGCGUUAACAUUUUGAACAUCCAAAAUUGAAAGGAUUGUCGAUGGCGUGCGUUUGCCUGACUGUUAAAACUUAUGUAGUCGUUGGUACAUGCCAAAUGUGUGGUGUAGUUGGCACAGCCGCAUGUGCAUGAAUCUGUCUUUGACAUUACAUGGUUUUACUUCAAUUGCUUUGAUAUUUGAGGUAUCCUGUCAUAUGACAAUAUGUAAAGGAGCUCUUGGUCCUUUGGACAAAAACCUUGAGUAUUUCUAAGUUACUGUUUCAUCACUAUUAACAGUAACUUACAUGGCA